AGUAUAUUGUGCUACCUAAAACAUCGGAAAAUCAUUCCCUUAGAGGGGAUAAAGAAAUCUUUUUUUAUUGUCAAAAAUUUAGUGAUAAUCGGUAUUAUCAUUAUAAUGCUACGAGCUACAAUUUAGUUAAAAAUUUACAUAUUCUUUAUGGUAAGAAGAAAAUAGCACUAGCUUUUUCCGAUGCAAUAAAAUACACAGAUAAGAAAGGAUCAGAAAAAAUAAAUGAUAUACAAUUCAAACUUAAGAAGUUUGAACUUAAUGAAAAUGGCUAUAUAGCAAUAUUUGAGAAUGGCAGUCAGAUUAUGACUAUUACAGGUAAAACUGCUUAUAUAGUUACUCCGGACUUGAUGAACUCUGGGGUAGAGAGAGAAAAGGAUAUAAGAGUUAGGUUAGAUAGUGGCAUUCUUGGAUAUGAUUAUGGUAAUCAAGUAGUAAGAUUUAAUGUUAUGGUGGUGCUUGAUGCAGCAAAUGAUAUAGAUAACUUGUUUGAAACUGGAGGUAGUAAGAAUCCAAUAGCUUCCGUGAUAUUAAGUGCUGCAAAAAAACGUAUAGCUUAUGCUGGACAUCCAAUAGGUAGUAAACAAAAGGACUACGUACAGUUUGUUCUAAGUGAAAAUACUCUUCAAGUAGUAUUGAGAAAAAAAAGUGCUUUUAUAGGAGCGAUUCACAAUGCUGUGAUAGAAAUAUUAGGGAAAUUCUGUAGAGAAGAAGUAAUUGGAAAAAAAAUCUGGAAACUUAACUUAACACAAAAAGACACUUUGAUAAGUGGAGUAGCUUUAAAUAAAGCUCAAGAUGUUGCUACAAAGAUAUCUAGAAUUGAAGUAUUGGCGGGAGAUAAUGUUAACCUGUUAGAAGCACAAACCGAAGAGGUAGAAAGUGAGAAAGCAAGGCGUCGGGAGUAUUUAAAAAAGAAAUUCAAGCAUGCUGUUGAUGCAUUUGGUAAAGCUGGUACAAGGUCCAAUUAUCCAGGAGUGCCAAAAGAACAGCAAUUAUCUAUUGAUUUAGGUAAUAAGCCAGCGUUUGGUAUAGUAAGUAAAAUUUUACAUUGGGUAGAGAAUAAAUUUAAGUAUUUUUUUCCACGCUAUAAUUUAUUUCCAGAAGUUGGCAAUAAGGAUAGAAAAAUUCCUAGGACUAACAGUCAAGUGAAGUACUUUAAUCAAGAGGAACAGGCUGAACAUACUCUGCAUAUUAAAAAGAAAGAUGAUGAAAUAAAACUGUAUAAUGUAAAAGGUGAGUUAUACGAUACAACUGAUAAGGUAAGUAAAGGAAGGAAAGGAUAUGUAGCUUAUGUAAUUACACUAGAUGGAAGGUUAAUCACUCAUGAACAUAUAACCGUUGGCAAAAGUAGAUAUGCUUAUCGUCAUUCAACACUUGCAGGUGGUAAACCAGUUCUAUGUUCUGGUUUGAUGAUCGUAAAGAAUGGUAAAAUAGAAUAUAUAGAUAACAACAGUGGACAUUAUAAGCCGAGAAGUGCAAAUAUAUAUAAUGCAAUAAUAAGGUUUAAAGCUGCAUUCUUGCCAAAUGCAAAAGUUGUUCAUUUUGGAGGGUGGCUCAGUUUUAUCAAAGAAAUUCCAAUUUUAUGUAGAAUUGUUCCAGAUAAAAAAGAAUCAAUAGAUGAUUUCCAGCAGAGAAUGGAAAAAAAAGGAAAGAGUGGAUUAAAUAAAGUUGAAGAAUGCUUUAAAAAAAUAAGAGAAUACAAUAAACAGUAUGAACAGAAAUUGUUUCUUGGAACUUAUAAAUCACCUACAAGUGAACCUCCUAACAACCCAUCUAUACAUAAAAAACAUAAAGUAAAACUUUCAUCGCAUAUUAAGCAUUAUAAGUUUUUGGAAGAAUUUGAUGAAAAUUCCGAAGUAAGAAGAAUGACGAUAGAGCAUUCAAUAAGAAAAAUAAUAGGGGCUAAUUUUGGUCGUAAGCCCAGAAUUGAACUUACUAGGAAAAGAGUGGAUAAAAACGAGGAAGCGGGAGUAAAUAUAAUUUUUUAUCACAAAGAUGAUCAUGAAAAAUUUGUCAAUCUUUUAUAUUAUAAAGGAUGUCAUUAUACAUCAUUAGUUAUUCAGGAGAAACUUUUUGAAGUUUCUGGCGUGGUAAGAAAGGCAAAAGAGUAUAUAGUAUAUAUGGAUGAAAUAUCUGCUGAUAAAUUCAAAAAAAACACCUUAAAAAUUGAUAGAUCUAUAGGAACGAUAUUAAGUGAUUUAGAGCUAUUGUGUGAAGAAAGUAACAGUAGGACUAUUUAAUAACUUCUUUUGUUUGUUCAAUAUAAGUAGAUUCUGAUAUCAUUACUCUAUAUAAGAAGU